CUAGGGGGUUAGGGUUAAAGGUGGUUUCCUUUGUAUUUCACUAUUCAGUUGUCUUUUUCAAGCAAUAUCCCCUCCUUCGGCUUUUUCGCUUUUUUUUUCACUCCGUAGAUUAGGCUGUUGAGAGCAUUACGUGAUAGAAAAGCUUUAGUUAAGGAUCCACAUUGUUAUCAUCCGUUGCAGAAACAAUUCACUUUAUGCAAAUAACCAACGAGGAAAUACAUUUACGACAUAUACACACCUUCCUUAUCUGCACAGUGAGCACUAAAAACUCUGUGUCAUUCACUGGGGCUGGUUACUGAAGCAGGAAAAAGAUUCUGUGCAUGUACAGUACAUGUAUGUACGGCCCUUCCAACACCACUUUCACUUUGUUCCUGGUUUUGGAAUUGUUAUAAUGCCUGCAUGUUGAAUAGGAUUUUGCCAGCCUCGGCCCUGCAUUGGCUUUUUGAUUGUUUGGUUCUGACGGCAUUAGCGUUGAAAUGAAUCUACAGAUGUAACCAGGAUCUGCUAUUUUGGGAAGAAUUUUUAUGUAACCAGGAUCUGCUAUUUUGGGAAGAAUUUUUGUGUUGUGGGGACCAGUUCUAAUAAUGAGUUAAUAUCGUGCAGUGUGCUUGUGCAGAUGGCGGGUGUACGUACACAGUGUAAGUGUGGUACUUGUACAUGUGUCUUUGGAUGAAAAAAGAGCAGUUAUAACCUUUGACCCCUUGAGGACUAACCAAUCAAACUUGAGAGACCGAAUUGACAACAUGGGUUUUGAGGCAGCUAUUGGUGAUGAUUCCCUGCAAAUGGGAAUCAGGGAAACUGUUGUGACUAUCACAGGAAUGACGUGUAAUUCUUGCGUAAAGUCCAUAGAGGGAAGACUUGGAACAAUUCAGGGAGUCUGUGGUGUACGUGUUUCUCUUGAAGCAAAACAGGGCCGAAUUUGGCAUCAGCCCUCAGACAUCAGUCCGCAGCAACUGUGCCAGGAAAUCGAAGAGAUGGGGUUUGAGGCUUCACUGGCUGUGGGAUGCCAACCACAAGAGGUGAAAGAAGUUGUCAUCUGCAUCAAAGGGAUGACCUGUAAUUCCUGUGUGCGCUCCAUCGAGGGUCGCAUGUCGGAUAUGGAUGGGGUGGAGAAGAUACAGGUCUCGCUUGAGGAGAAGCUGGGCAGGAUGCGGUACUUGCCCUCGAUUGUCUCACCAGAAACCUUGAGGAGUGCCAUUGAUGACAUGGGGUUCGAAGCAACGCUGAAAGAUGAUGCGGUGCCGAUGGCUGGUUCCCGCGUCUCGGUUACCAUCCAUGUUGAGGGGAUGACGUGCAGUUCCUGCGUUCACUCCAUCGAGGGCAGGAUAUCCACAUUUGAUGGAGUUCACAACAUCAGUGUCUCGCUGGACAAGAAAGAGGCCCGGGUUCAAUUUGAUCCACGGAGGACCACGGCGGAACAGUUGCGAGAGGGCAUUGAGGACAUGGGGUUCGAUGCUACCCUGCCGACAAACUUUGUCCUGAUUGACCUAAAUGCUGUCACGUCUCUUGCACAAACAAUCAAUCUCAGGGUGAAGGGAAUGACCUGCAAUUCGUGUGUAAAGACCAUUGAAGAGAAAAUCUCGGAGCAGCAUGGAGUUCGGGAGAUCAAAGUGUCUCUUCGGGAGGAGAGGGCCACCGUCAAGUAUAAUCCAUCGGAAACGAACCCAGACAGGCUGAGGGAAGCAAUCGAUGACAUGGGAUUUGAGUGUUUCAUCCCGGCAGAGGGCAUGCCAGAGGCAGGCCAUGUCGUCAUCAAUAUCCAGGGCAUGACCUGCAACUCCUGCGUGAGGUCCAUUGAGGGGAAGAUCGGGGAGAAGGCAGGAGUGAACUCCAUCAGAGUUUCCCUGGCUGAGAACAGCGGCACGGUGGAGUAUGAUCCCACCAAGGUGACAGCAAGUGAGCUUAUGGCGGCCAUAGAUGACAUGGGAUUUGAGGCUUCACUUCAAAAGCCUUGCCUGGAAUCUGGCAGUCUCCAGCCACCGAACCAGCGCAAGCUGCCGGAGGGGGCCCAUGUGUCAUUCAAGCCCCCAGUGGACCGAGAGGAGAUGGCGGUCGUGGACCUGAUGGAUGGCGAAGUGGGCAAGUGCUACCUGCAUGUGACAGGCAUGACCUGCAGCUCCUGCGUGGCACUCAUAGAGAACAAGCUUGGCAAAAAGAAAGGCAUCAAGUCAGUCAUGGUCGCCUUGAUGGCCCAGAAGGCCGAGGUGACCUUUGACACUUGCCACCUGACCCCAAGUGAGAUUGCUGCCAUGGUAACAGACAUCGGGUUUAAGGCCACGGUGAUGGAAGAUGAAGAACGUAGGGCCAAGGAAGGCUUGCUUGAACUGCAUAUCUCUGGCAUGACGUGCGCAUCCUGUGUGGCUCUGAUAGAGUCCACUCUCACCAAGAAGCCAGGCAUCAAGUCGGCAUCUGUGGCUUUGGCAACCUCUAGAGGGUGCUUUGAGUUUGAACCCUCCAUCACGGGGCCGAGGGAUAUCAUCAAGGCUAUUGAAGAUGCAGGAUUUGGAGCCAGUCUAAUCACUGAUAGCAAUAAGGAUAAGACUGCUGCCUUAGACCACUCAGACACCAUAAGAAGGUGGCGCCGUUCGUUUCUCUUCUCUCUCGUCUUUGGCGUGCCGGUCAUUGUCAUGAUGCUGUAUGACGUCAUAGCACACCCCAUGCACCCGUGUAUCUUCCCUGGACUCUCCGUGCACAACCUUCUGCUCUUCUGUUUCUGCACACCAAUACAGGUUUUAGGGGGGCGUUACUUCUACAUCCAAGCCUACAAGGCUCUGAAGCACGGUGCCGCCAAUAUGGAUGUUCUGAUUGUCUUGGCAACCACCCUAUCCUAUGUCUACUCUGUCAUCAUCCUUGUCAUUGCCAUCCUGUCGGGGGCCACCACCAGCCCCAGGACGUUCUUCGAUGCCCCGCCCAUGCUGUACAUAUUUGUGACGCUGGGACGAUGGAUGGAACAUGUUGCUAAGGGCAAGACCUCAGAGGCCUUGACCAAGUUGAUGUCCCUCCAAGCCACGGAGGCCCGCCUGGUCACCUUUAAUGAGCUGGGUCAGCCGGAUGCAGAGAAACUGAUCGACGUUGACCUGUUGCAGCGGAACGAUCGGGUGAAGAUUCUACCAGGGGAGAAGAUACCAGUUGAUGGAGUCAUCGUGGAGGGCUCUUCGAUGGUAGAUGAAUCACUUAUCACUGGAGAGUCCAUGCCUGUUACAAAGAAGCUAGGGAGCACUGUGAUUGGAGGUACCAUCAACCAGAAUGGAGUGCUACUCGUAAAGGCCACCCAUGUUGGUGCUGAUACAGCACUCUCUCAUAUUGUCAAGCUAGUGGAAGAGGCACAAACAUCAAAGGCUCCCAUCCAGAAGCUAGCUGACCGCAUCGCUGGCUACUUUGUGCCCAGUAUUGUCUUCAUCACGCUGGUCACCUUGACUGCCCACGUCAUUAAGGGAUACACGGAUCCAGAUAUGGUGCAUCCGACAUUCCUUCUAAAUACGAACCACAACAUGAGCAGCAGCCACAUGAUCUGGCAGUAUUCUUUCCAGUGUGCCAUCUCUGUCCUGUCCAUCGCCUGCCCCUGUGCUCUGGGUCUUGCCACCCCUACUGCCGUCAUGGUGGGGACUGGGGUGGGGGCCAUCAAUGGCAUCCUCAUCAAGGGAGGGGGACCCUUGGAGAUUGCGCACAAGAUCAAGACGGUUGUGUUUGAUAAGACUGGGACCAUCACCCAAGGUGCCCCUAGAGUCGUACGAGUCCUCCUUUUUCUCUCAGACUCCAUCAUCUCCCAGCAGAAGCUGGUUGCCCUGGCCGGCUCAGCAGAGGCCAACAGCGAGCACCCCAUCGGUGCUGCCAUCACCAAGUUUGCCAAAGAGAUCUUUGGUCGGGGCACGUUGGCCAAGUGCACAGACUUCAGCGCCGUCUCUGGGUGCGGUCUGAUGUGCAACGUCAGCACCACGGAGACGGAGCAGCUGCUCAGCCAGUGCACAGAUCGCAGCCUUGGUGACGUCACAUCACAGGCAGAUAAAGGCCAAGUGACGGUGGAGAUUGACAGGCAGAUAGUGGACGUGUUUGACUGCGUCCCCCCAAUCAUGCCAGCCAGUGGAAAGGAUCAAGUGUCUGUCAACCUAAAGCAGCCUGACAACGGUCUGUACAAGGUCUUGAUUGGCAACCGGGAGUGGAUGAAAAGGAACUUCUGUGAAGUUACCAUGGAGGUUGACCUGGAAAUGAGCGACCACGAGGAGAGGGGGCAGACCGCGGUACUCGUCGCCAUCAAUGAUGUGAUCGUGGGUAUGAUCGUUGUGGCUGAUGCAGUGAAGCCUGAGGCUGCCUUAGCCGUUUACAUCCUCAAGAAGAUGAAACUGAACACGGUACUGCUGACAGGGGACAAUCAAAAGACGGCCCAAGCUAUCGCUGGACAAGUGGGCAUCGGCCAGGUGUUUGCCGAAGUGCUACCCCAGCACAAGGUGGAUAAGGUCCGUGAGCUGCAGCAGCAACAGCGCCACAAGCAGAUUGUUGCCAUGGUGGGAGACGGGAUCAAUGACUCGCCGGCGCUAGCCCAGGCGGACAUCGGCAUGGCCAUCGGCACAGGGACAGAUGUGGCCAUCGAGGCCGCCAAUAUAGUGCUGAUCAAGGAUAAUUUACUAGAUGUACCCACUGCCAUCCACCUGUCACACAAGACUGUCCAAAGGAUAAGACUCAAUCUUGUCUUUGCCUUCUUCUACAACAUCAUUGCAAUACCCAUUGCAGCAGGUGCUUUCAUGAGCUGGGGUAUUGCUUUACCACCUUGGGUGGCAGCUGCAGCCAUGGCGACAUCUAGCGUAUCUGUCGUCAGCUCCUCACUUCUGCUGAAGCUAUACCGCAAACCAGACUACAGCAAGAUGGCCGAGAAAGACAUGCCCGGCUUAGGCAGUCAGUCAUCGGGGCGGGGAUUUGUACGACCCAGACGGACCACAAAGAGAGACCUGGAGAUGAAGGAGUUGACUCCGCCCCCUAGCAGGCUCCAGCGGCUGCUCGUCAAGCCCAAGCCCAGGAUGCAAGACCGUGACCUGAGCGUUCACCUGCUGAGUGAGGAUGAGGAGGAGGAAUAAGUCAAGACUACUCCCAAACCAAACCUAGCUCCUCACAGAUGUCAUAAUAGUCUGUACCCCGUUGCAAUGCAAAACGGCUGCUUGCUUGUGUUGUAUUCUGCCAACUGGCUCUAUUAAAGUGCAAGCUAGCCACUUGAUGUCAUAGGAGUAUGGUGUUUGUGUUGUGACGUCAGAAAUGUCAUAGAGCGGUUCUGCAAGAGUUCCAUGAAGUGCCUCAGUUGGAAAUGAUCUCUCAUAUAUGAACCAGUAUUUCAUUGCCUCCAUUGCUGUGGAUAUUUGGUACGUGUCUCAGUAUUCUGAUCAAAACAUUAACUGCCUGGGUCAUGACGGUCACUGCCAUGACAUUCCUAUGCAGUCAGUUUGGAAGAAAGAAAGUCAUCAGUAUUGCACAACGUUAAAACUCAAAUGUGCUGCACAACAAGUUAUUUAGGUGAGCAGUUUCCCAGGAUCAAAAGAGAUCAUACAGCCCACGCUGAGCCAUUAUUACCGGACUGAACACUGUGGACAGAUACCCUUGACUCUGCUGUAGUGCUGUGCAUUAGCAAGUAGCUCAGGAACCAAGUACUCUAAUGAAGUAAUGCACAGGUACCCGUGUACCCCAAACCCCCAAAUUCUAAGAAAACAGAAAAAGCAAGUAUGAAAAUACAUUCAAAUUGCCAAUUACCCACACUACUUAUCAACAACCUUUGUUCAUCAAGUACACUUUGUGUAUUUCACAUGCUCCUGAUUUUUAUUUUCAAAUUUCCCCCCCCACAAGCAUGUUUUUAAAACCUGUGCUCUUUUCUUUGAAAAUGUAAGAAGUAAUUCCCAGGUACCUGGCUCCAUAAUCUGGAGCCAAUUCCAGAUGUCAUUGGUCUGGCAUUCAGGUACCUUAUUCUGAUGCAGAGUCCCUAGCACUGCUUGAGAACUGCCUUAGCAACGGUGCCAAUACCUAAGAGCUCGUUGUUGAUCAUGAUAGAAUACUGCACAAUCCGCAACAGCCAUUCCAGUACACAUUCUCAUUGCUAGCACUACGAUCCUAGCUGAGGGAGACGGACACACUGCCCUGUCACUCAAACCCAUUCACCUUUACAAUAUCCCACCCAUGGUCUAAAGCACUGCCCUCGGUCAAUAAGUAAAAUGCGCACAACUGAACGAAAUUCAAAUCUGUUGACCAAUCCAACGAUUGUUAUCCAGAAAGUGGCCUAUUAGUUCAUGGUUGACAUUUUGUUGGCUUCGUUCGAUACUGCCGAGUAUUAUGCUUCAGAGAAAUGUUUUUUUUUAAUAGCGUGUGCCCGUUUAGUAAACAUUAAUUUGUAAAGUUGUCACACACAUGUAUCUGAUUUUGUAUUGAAGCUUGUUUAAUUUUUUUAAGAGCGGUUCUAUUUUAGUAAUUAUUGUUUGUAUGUCAAAUUGAGUUUAUGGUAUUUGAGUAGGCACAAAAUGCAUGCAACUCUUUCAUGUAUGAGUAUUGACUAUCAGUAGCUGAUAUAAUCAAAGGUGUUGCUUUCUUUUGGAGGGGUAAGAGGUCAAACUCUGACCUCUGCAUAAUGUGAGGGGCAAAAACAAAGGGAUCGUAGGUCACUCUAAAUCUCCAAAAUUGUACAUGCAGCAAAUUGUUAGAAAUUGAAUAUGACAGAAAAGUAUUUUAAAACUUCUGAAUGUACAUGUGAAUAUUCUGCAAUUUAUGAAAUUAUUCCAAGUAUAAAUGUGCGACAAAGAUCCUAAUAAUUGAAUCACUGCUCAUGGAAAUGCAACAGUCUCACAAAUACUUUUUAACGUGCCAUCAUGAAUUAUGACAUUUAAUCCCAAAUGUUUGCCAUUAAGUAAAAGCAGUAUUCAGGACAAAAGA